AUGGGAGGAGGAGGCAUGGACAACGAGUGCCACAACACCAGCAACGAGGGCGAUGAAAGGUUCAAAUCCAAGAACCUCGAAGCUGAGAGGAGAAGGCGCAAGAAGCUCGGGGACAGACAGCUAGAGCUGCGCGCCUUAGUACCCAACAUCACCAAUAUGACUAAAUCCACUAUAAUCACCGAUGCAAUCACGUACAUCGAAGAGCUGAAUGACCGUGGCGUGGAAGAACUAAGCAACCAUCUCCUGGAAUUGGAGGAGACUAGUGAGUUAAGCAACACAAGAUUCAAUAUCCAUGAUGACAGCCAUCAACGCUGUGGAGGUUGAGUUGAGGUGAACCAUGUCUGUGGGACUAAGCUAUGGAUACGCAUCGUGUUCCAGAAGAAGAGAGGCGCGCUUACUAAACUAAUGGAAGCGAUUACCUUGCUCGGGAUUGAUCUCAUUGACACCGCCAUUACUACUUCCAGAGGAGCAGUUCUCUUCACCUCAUUUGGUCAGGGAAUUCGUGGUGGACUGCCGGAGGCUGACCAGAUGAAGAUAUACUUGUUGGAGAUCAUAAGGAGCAUCUAGAGAUAUUAUAACCGCGAUUAAUUCGCAUUGAUUGAUCAUUAAUCCAUCCAAUAAUUAAACAAGU